AUGGUGGAUUCUUUAUCAUUUGAAUACUCAAAUACCUCAGAUAGCCUUAUACUUAGCAAUAUUGUGAAUUUUCAGCUUAUAAUCAUCGACCCGAAUGUGAAUAAAGACAUAUAUCUGAUGGAUAGCUCUUGUCUCAUCUGCAAAAACAAAUUCAUUUUAGCAAGACACAAAUAUCGGUGCAAAUUUUGCUGGCAUGGAGUCUGCGCAAAAUGUUCUAAACAAAAGACCUACCACCCUACUUAUGAAUGUGCGAAAAGAAUUUGCGAUGAAUGCUUUAAAGCAUAUAUUUACAAGCUCAGCAAUGCCUCAAUUGAGAAUGAAGUUUCAAGAUCAAAAAAAGUAAUUGAAGAGCUGCACUAUUAUAUUAAAAAUACCACAGAAACCGUCUGCCGAGAUUCAAAGACAACUGGCAUUUUAAAAGAAAAAUAUGAAGCCAUUGACAAUGAAAUAAAAAAUAUCGAAAUGAGGUCUAAAUUAAGGGAAAGUGCUGAUGAAAAGACCAAGGAAAAUUCAAGAAUUAGCAAAGAAAUCGGAAUAAUAGAGAUUGAAAAUAAUUUUCGGAGAAGAAAAACAAGGAUGGCAGAAGAUCGAGUUAUUUGAGUAAGGAAACUCGAUGAUAAGCUAGGAGAGGCCAUUAAAGAUAGAAUCCUUCUUUCCAAAGAAGCGAGGAUGUUAGAAUCGAAGUUGAAAAAUUAUAAUGAAAAAAGAAAGCAAAUUGAUGGCAUGCAUGAUACUUUAUUCAAACUUAGAGAGCAUAAAAAAAGUCUGUAUAGGCAACUAGCGCCUUUAAAUAAAGAAGCACACAAUGAGUCAUGUUUGGAAUGUAUAAUUCAAUAA